AUGUCUUUCCUAUUCCGUAAGAGCGGGAGUAGUUCACGGAGGCGGGUCAAAGAGAAAAUUCGUAGUCGGAUCUCAGAUCGAGGAGGGAAGAGAGAAGAAGAAGAGAGAAACCGCUACGACGACGGCUCCGAUUCGUUACCUCCACCGCCUUCUCCCUGGGGUUUUCUCUUCCCGGAGGAUUUCGUAAGAAUCGACGGGAAUCUCAAAGCGGUAAUUGUAGAUGACGAAGGAUUAGAUGUGGUUUACUGGAGAAAGCUUCUGGAGUUGGAAAAUAGCGGGAAAAUUAGGAAAAACCCUAGACCUAGAAGAGGCGGUGGCGGAGGCGGAGGAGGAAGAGGAGACAAAUCCGGUUUAACCGGAUAUAGAAGAGCUGGAGUAGACGAAGAAGACGAGGACGACGGCGAUGGAGAUGGAUUUUACGGAGGAUCGGGCAAAGGAGACGAAUCGACCGGAGAGGGGUUUUCGUUUCCGGUGAGAAACUCUCAAUCUCCGUUAUCUUCCGGCGGUGAAAUCCGGCGAGAUCAUAGUAAUAAGAAUAAUAAAAAUAGUGGUGAAGGAGGAGGAAGAUAUUACACUUCUUCUUCUACUACUACCUCUGCUGCUUCUCCGUCACGACCUUCUUCUUCUUCGACCUCACAUGCUUCUCCGUCGCGACCUUCCGUUGGUGAAUACGCCGCCGUCGGAAAACAAUCCCAAUCCAAAUUCCAAGCUCCGAUCGGCGGCGGCUCAUUUCCCUCUUCUUCGCCGCAUAAUCCGCUUACCCAAAACACCGGCGGAGGCGGCUCAUUUCCCUCCUCUUCUCCGCAUAAUCCGCUCACCCAAAACACCGGCGGCGGCGGCUCAUUUCCCUCUUCUUCACCGUAUAAUCCGCUUACCCAAAACAGUGGCGGCGGCGGCUCAUUUCCGUCUUCUUCGCCGUAUAAUCCGGUUACCCAAAACAACGGCGGCCGUUCUCCGCCUCUCCCGCUUCCUCCAGGUCAAUUCACGGCGGCAAUUGCGUCAUCGUCUACAUCGCCACAACCGCCAAUUCCACCCAAUAACCAAACGUCACAGCCGCUUCCGCCACCAUCUGCCGGCGCUCCACCUCCGCCACCACCGUCUGCCGCUGCUCCACCUCCGCCACCACCGCCAAUUCCACCUAAGAAAGCACCUGCACCUCCACCACCUCCUCCUCCAGGUAAAAAAGCACCACCACCGCCUCCAAUGUCGAAACCCGGACCACCUAAACCGCCCGGUUUAAAUCCGAAAUUACCAGCAAAGGAAAUCGAGACUUCCGAUCCAACGCAGCCAAAGCUAAAGCCUCUACAUUGGGAUAAAAUGAACCCUGACGCGAGCCGUUCAAUGGUGUGGAACAGAAUCGACGGUGGCUCCUUCAACUUCGAUGGUGAUCUCAUGGAAGCUCUGUUCGGAUACGUCGGCGCUCGAAAGCCAAGCGAAUCAGACAACGCACCGCAGAAACCAACUGCAUCGACUUCACAUUACAUUCUCGAUCCUCGGAAAUCUCAGAACAAAGCAAUCGUGCUUAAAUCUCUAGGCAUGACCAAGGAAGAGAUCAUCGACUUGUUAACAGAAGGCCACGAAGCCGAUUCCGACACCCUCGAGAAGCUUUCCGGGAUAGCUCCGACGCCGGAAGAGCAGGCAGAGAUCUUAGCGUACGACGGUGACACGACGAAACUCGCCGACGCAGAGACUCUACUGUUUCACAUCUUGCGAGCGGUUCCUUCAGCGUUUAACAGGUUUAAUGUCAUGCUCUUCAAGAUUAACUAUGGAUCAGAGGUUGCUCACCAGAAGGGAUCUUUGCAGACGCUUGAGUCUGCUUGCAACGAGCUUCGCGCUCGUGGACUGUUCAUGAAGCUUCUUGAAGCGAUCUUGAAAGCUGGGAACAGAAUGAACGCGGGAACGGCGAGAGGGAACGCGCAGGCUUUUAACCUAACGGCUCUGAGGAAGUUGUCAGAUGUGAAGAGUGUUGAUGGGAAGACGACUCUGCUUCACUUUGUUGUUGAAGAAGUUGUGAGGUCUGAAGGAAAGCGAGCUGCGAUGAGUAAGGUGAAUGAUAUUGUUGCUGAUGCGUCUAGAGAAGAGCAGGAGGUUGAGUUUAUCAAGCUUGGUUUACCGAUUAUCGGCGGUUUGAGUUCUGAGUUUACGAACGUGAAGAAAGCGGCUGGGAUUGACUACGACUCGUUUGUUGCGACGACGUUGUCGUUGGGGACGAGAGUGAAGGAGACGAGACGGUUGUUGGAUCAGAGCAAAGGGAAAGAAGAUGGGUGUUUGACGAAGCUGAGAGGCUUCUUUGAAUCUGCUGAGGAAGAGCUUAGGGUUAUUACGGAGGAGCAGCUGAGGAUUAUGGAGUUGGUGAAGAAGACGACGAAUUAUUACCAGGCUGGUGCGUUGAAAGAGAGGAAUUUGUUUCAGCUGUUUGUGAUUAUUCGAGAUUUCUUGGGGAUGGUUGAUAAUGCUUGUAGCGAGAUUGCGAGGAAUCAACGGAAACAGAGACCUGUCGCAGCAGCAGUGGUUGCAGGAGCGUCGAGUUCGGCGGCGGCAGCAGUAACACGGAGCGUUGAUGCUGCUGCUGCUGCACCGCAGAGAAAUGCGGUUAGGUUUCCGAUUUUGCCUCCGAAUUUCAUGACAGAGCAUUCGAGGUACAGUUCAAGCGAAUCAGACUCAGAUUCUUGA